GGCAGUAAGUAAGUAGUAUCAAGAUCGCGAAAAAAUCACCAUGAGCGGCGAAGACAAAGACCACAACGACUGCCAGCCUCUUUAAAGUUAAUCGCAGGUCAAGUGCACGUACAGUCCAAUAAAAAAAGAUCGCACUAUAAUGACCGACCAGCCAACUGUCGCUCCAUAUGGAGGGUUCAUUGUCAAGACUCUCGAUGAGGAAAAAGAACGAGAAUUGAAACUUCAACAACAAUCUACUAUUGAAGUCAAUAUAAAUGGUAAUACUGAAACUCUUAGACCAGAGGCCUUACAUAUUAGAGGAGUGGAUAGUUUAUCAAGUGAAGAUAUCAAAUCAUUUGUAGAUUAUUAUGUCAAUUAUUUGGUCACUAAAGAUGAAGAAACUGGUAAAGAAACUUAUGAACAAUUACCUAUAGAUGAACAAAUUACAUUCAGAAUUCAAUGGGUUAAUGAUUCAGAUAUAAAUAUUGCUUUCAAAACUCAUGAAGAUAGUUUCAAGGCUCUCAAGAAGUUAUCAAUUACAGCUUCUAAUCCUGCCAUAUAUGAAGAGGAUAAACCUCAAGAGUUGACAGUUGAAAAUGUUGAUUAUUUGACUGAAAUAAUUCAAGAAAGGGAAACGAAACCAUAUAAUGCGGUGUUGAAUUUUAUUAAACAUCGAGAUUUAUCAGCAAGAUUAGGUUUAACCAACCAACCACUGGAGCCUAACGGUGAUGAACCACAGCAAGAAUCAGAAACCAUGGAAGAAGAUCAUUCAUCAGUCGUUUUACACAUUAGACAAUCCUUCCAAUCUGAUAGGAAGGUUAAGAACGCAAAGCUUUAUUCAAGAUACUAUCUUUUACACGGGGAACCAGAAAGACAACAACAUAGAAGAAAUAACUAUCGAGACAGGGAACGUCGUCCUAGACGUGAUAGAGACCAGGAUAAUAGAAGUCAAGAACAACAAGAUGAAGACUUAUUUGCAGAGAAGUUAGCUAAUCCGAAUGUUGCUAUUUUCAAUAGAAGAUCAAACGACGAUAUUUCUGAAGAUGCUAUAAUACCAGAUGAUAAGCCUCUGCAGGUAGAACAAGAAGAAGAGGAAGAAGAAGAUUUAUUCGCCUAUAAGUUGAGAGAAAGAUCGCCAUCCAGGCGUUAUUAGAAUAU